UUUUCGUAACGAAAAAAAAUUGUGAAAUUUCUUACUGCCAACUUUGUGAGUAAAAUGGAGAAAUAUGAAAAUAUUGAGAUAGUAGGCGAGGGAAGUUACGGACUCGUGAUGAAAUGCAAGCAUCGCGAAACCGGGCAAGUAGUGGCGAUAAAAAAGUUCUUGGCGACGGAAGAAGAUGUACAGAUUCGAAAAAUGGCAUUUCGUGAAAUAAGGAUGUUAAAGAAAUUACGUCACGAGAAUUUAGUGAACAUGAUCGAGGUGUUUCGUCGAAGAAAACGGCUUUAUCUCGUAUUUGAAUAUCUUGAUCACACCGUGCUCGACGAAUUGGAGGAAAACAAAAAUGGUAUCGAUUGGGAGAAAUCAAGGCGAUAUAUUUUCCAAAUACUUCGUGGAUUGGACUUUUGUCAUAAUCAUAAAAUCAUGCAUCGUGAUGUAAAGCCUGAGAAUGUGCUCGUAUCACCGAACGGCGUGAUUAAGCUUUGCGACUUUGGUUUCGCACGGUAUAUCACUAACGAGUCUUGUACCGAUUACGUGGCGACGAGAUGGUAUCGCGCACCAGAACUUCUCAUCGGUGAUUCCAAGUACGGUAGAGAGAUCGACGUCUGGGCGGCCGGAUGCAUCUACGCCGAGAUGGUCACCGGCCAGCCUCUCUUUCCCGGCGACAGUGACAUCGACCAGCUGUAUCGCAUCACGAAGAUCCUCGGUCCUCUUUACAAAUCGAUGAACGGUAGUGGCAAACAUAUACUCCGGCACACAAAACCUGAUGAGACUGUUAGUUUAACACGAUCCACGAGUCUUCGAAAUCUCUUUCCAACGUGGAGCUCGGUGGCGAUUGAUUUUUUGACGCAGUGUCUUCGUACAGAUCCUACUUUCAGACCGAAAUGUCUCACGUUGCUGCAGCAUCCUUUCUUCUUGCAAGACAAUUUCGCCGACAGGUUUCUCAGCGAGUUGCAGCGACUUGUCGUCAAAGAAUCCGCGAUAAAUUUGCUCGGAACCAAGAGAGCGGAAUCGUCUUCUAGGAUCUGUCGUAGCAGCAUUGGAAGGUUGACUUAA